CUAGCCAUCAUGGCAACUUCAUCUGAAGAAGUUUUACUGAUUGUUAAAAAGGUGCGUCAGAAGAAACAAGAUGGAGCACUGUACCUCAUGGCAGAAAGAAUUGCUUGGGCACCUGAAGGCAAAGAUAGAUUUACAAUCAGCCAUAUGUAUGCAGAUAUUAAAUGCCAGAAAAUCAGUCCAGAAGGAAAAGCUAAAAUUCAGCUUCAGCUGGUCCUACAUGCAGGGGACACAACUAACUUCCAUUUUUCCAAUGAAAGCAUGGCAGUGAAAGAGCGAGAUGCUGUAAAGGACCUUCUUCAACAAUUACUACCCAAAUUCAAGAAAAAAGCAAAUAAAGAACUGGAAGAGAAAAACAGAAUGCUGCAAGAAGAUCCUGUUUUGUUUCAGCUUUAUAAAGACCUUGUUGUGAGUCAAGUGAUCAGUGCUGAGGAAUUCUGGGCCAGUCGUUUAAAUGUGAAUGCAGCAGAUAAUUCUUCCACUUCCAAUCAUAAGCAAGAUGUUGGCAUUUCUGCAGCUUUUCUGUCUGAUGUCCGACCUCAAACAGAUGGCUGUAAUGGUCUGAGAUAUAAUUUAACCUCUGAUAUUAUUGAGUCUAUAUUUAGGACUUAUCCCGCAGUGAAAAUGAAAUAUGCAGAAAAUGUUCCCCACAAUAUGACAGAAAAAGAAUUCUGGACACGUUUUUCCCAGUCCCAUUAUUUUCACAGAGAUCGACUGAAUACAGGGUCAAAGGACCUUUUUGCAGAAUGUGCCAAAAUAGAUGAAAAAGGACUAAAAACAAUGGUUUCAUUGGGAGUGAAAAACCCACUAUUAGAUUUGACAGCUUUGGAAGAUAAACCAUUAGAUGAGGGCUAUGGCAUUUCCUCUGUACCAUCUGCUUCCAACUCAUCUAAAUCUAUAAAGGAAAAUAGUAAUGCUGCCAUCAUCAAGAGAUUUAACCAUCACAGCGCCAUGGUCCUGGCAGCUGGCCUCAGGAAACGAGAAGCACAAAAUGAACAAAACAAUGAGCCCAGCAAUGUGGAUGGGAAUUUGAGAGAUGCAGACAGCUUUCAGCCAGCAGUCAAAAGGGCAAAGUUACAAGAAUCCAUUGAAUAUGAAGACUUGGGGAAAAAUAAUUCCAUUAAAACAAUUGCACUAAACCUCAAGAAGUCAGAUAGGUAUUAUCAUGGUCCAACUCCAAUCCAGUCACUACAGUAUGCAACAAGUCAGGACAUUAUCAACUCUUUUCAAAGUAUUAGACAAGAAAUGGAAGCUUACACACCCAAACUAACUCAGGUUCUCUCAAGUAGUGCAGCCAGUAGUACCAUCACAGCCCUGUCGCCUGGAGGAGCACUUAUGCAGGGAGGGACACAGCAAGCCAUAAACCAGAUGGUGCCAAAUGACAUUCAGUCAGAAUUGAAACAUCUAUAUGUGGCUGUUGGAGAACUUUUACGGGACUUCUGGUCCUGCUUUCCUGUUAAUACACCAUUCCUAGAAGAAAAGGUAGUGAAGAUGAAAAGUAAUUUGGAACGAUUCCAGGUUACGAAGCUCUGCCCAUUCCAAGAAAAAAUUAGGAGACAGUAUUUAAGCACAAAUUUGGUAAGUCACAUAGAAGAGAUGCUCCAGACAGCGUACAACAAGUUCCACACGUGGCAGUCACGGCGCAUGCUGAAGAAAACGUGAAGCGCACCCAUGGAUCUCACAGUUUUAUGAGAUUCAGAGAAAAACGAUCUGCAGUGACUCUGGACACCUGACCUACAGAAGUGCAGAUCAUCAUACAGAAGUUACCAGAACCAUCUGCAUCAUGUGGACUUUUGGAGCUGAUGCAUAUUGUACUUGCACAUUGUGAAGUGAGAGGAAGAAAGGGGCU